AUGGCGGACACGAGCGCCAAACGUCUACUCGACAGCGAUAAAACUGGUGAACCAGCUCCAGACGUCAAGAGGGGGAAAACUGACAAUGAGAAUGGGCGAGAAGAUGGAAAUGAGUCGGUCCAGGAAAAUGUCCUGUCUGGGUUCAAAACCUCAAGCGUGUUGAGUGACUCCGCCCGAGAGAAAAACAUCUUUAUCCACGGAAAGGUUGCAGAUCAGGAUGCUGUGGUUAUCCUUGAAAAGACCCCGAUCAGAGAAGACUCACUGGCUGAGCUCUUUAGUGGUUCCACACUCAAACUGGAGAUGAAAAACGACAUCUACAGCACAUAUCGGCUCCAGGCUCCCCCUCAUCUCAAUGAGAUUAAGACCACAGUGGUGUGUCCAGCCACUGAGAAGCAUAUAAAGAAAUACCAGCGUAAGGAGAGUUUCCUGGUCGAGGAAACGGAGGAAAACUAUAAGAAUAUUACUCUACCCCACAUUGUGAAGCAGAGUUUUAGUGUGCAGUGGGUUUACAACAUCUUGGAGAAGAAGGCAGAGGCUGAAAGGAUCGUUUAUGAAGAUCCAGAUCCUGACGUCGGCUUUGUCCUCCUUCCGGAUUUCAAGUGGGACCAAAAACAGGUGGAUGAUUUGUACCUCAUUGCAAUAGCACAUCAGAGAGACAUCAAGAGCCUUCGAGAUCUGACAUCAGAGCAUGUCCCGCUGCUGCAGAACAUCUUCCAGAAAGGAAAGGAAGCCAUCCUCCAGCGCUACAACCUUCCAGCCAGUAAGCUGAGAGUCUACCUGCACUACCAGCCCUCCUAUUACCACCUGCAUGUCCACUUCACCAAGCUGGGCUAUGACGCGCCGGGCUGCGGUGUGGAGCGAGCCCAUCUCAUCGCUGAUGUCAUCCAGAACCUCCAGUCAGACCCCCAGUAUUACAAAACACGGACACUCUACUUCCCCCUGAGGGCAGAUGAUGGACUGCUCAGUAAGUUCAAGGAGGCAGGGAGGCUGUAA